AUUGUGGGAAUUCUGUUUGCACUGUAAAAUAUUUGGAGUUUAAAAUCUCAGUCAUUCUUUCAUUGUUCUGUUAAUCACAUUUUGAUAAGCAAUGCUGGAAAGCCAGUGACAUCCCAAAUGGAAACGGUCUUUCUCUGGACCACCAUGCAUCUACUGCAAUGUACAGAGUUGCAAGUUUUUGCAAUGUUUUUUUGUUUGUUUUGCAAGAGUCUUGUUCAUCUUGCCUUAGAUGCACUGCAAGCUACUGUUGCUUAGCUAAAACUUCUAGUUUCCAGCCUGCAGGUGCAUGGCCCCAUGGUGAGAAGAACUUAAUAGCAAGCAGAAGCAGGGCAGCUCCUGUCCUGCCUGGGCACAGGUGUGGUGGGGCAGCCCAUAGGUGCUCGUGGCAAGGCUGAUGUCCUACAGCUGGGCCACCUUACAGAAAUGAGGCAUUAGUGACAACAGACCUUCUUAUUACCAAUGGUGAUUCCAAAGGGGAAGGAGGCCUGACUUUCUUUUGUGACACAAAAGCCCAUGCUGGCUUUCCCCUUUCACAGACUCUUUCUGAAUAAGCUGUUCUUCCAAAAACAUUUUCUGCUGCUCCUGGCUUUUGCUGCAUGAGAGGAGCCCAAGCACUUUGAUACCUUCCAGGAGUGGCCAGAUGGCUACGUGCGCCUCAUCUACUCCAGUGAGGAGAAGAACGCUCAGAAGCACCUCAGUGGCUGGGCCAUGCGCAACACCAACAACCACAACUGCCAGAUCCUCAAGAAGUCCUGCCUGGGGGUGGUGGUGUGCGCCAGGAGCUGUGCCCUGCCCAGUGGUGCCAGGCUGCAGCUGCGCCCUGCCAUAUGUGACAAGGCUCGACAGAAGCAGCAAAAGAAAGCCUGUCCGAACUGCAACGCGGCCCUUGAGCUCAUUCCUUGCCGAGGGCACAGUGGCUAUCCGGUCACUAACUUCUGGAGGCUAGAUGGCAAAGCAAUAUUUUUCCAGGCUAAAGGAGUCCACGACCACCCUAGGCCAGAAAGUAAAUUGGAGGCAGAGGCAAGGCGAAGUGCAAUUAAGAAGCAAAUAUCCUCUUCUCACCAUUCCCAGAAAAAGAGACAUCUAAACUCAGAGGUGGGAAGAUACCAUGAUACAAGUAGUUAUGUCAAUAACGUGCAGAACCUGCCCUGCAUGGAUGGCCCAGAAAGAGUCAGCAUCAUCACAGACACCAGUUUUUCAAUUCCAACUCAAUCUUACCCCUGGCCACAACAUGCUGACCUCUACAAAGUUCCUUAUGACUCAGCCAGCUUCCAAGAGGACCAGCUAUUGCCGUACCAGAAGUGCCCCAAUCCAAGGAUCUAUGUGCCCAGACCUUGCAGCUAUGAGUUUGGAGUUCCUACCUUUAUAAGCUCCAGUCCUUCCCCAUCAUUUUACAAAGAUCCAACAAAUCCUCCCACUGACACUGACCCCAUCAAUUUGAAUGGAUCUCACUAUAGUUCUUUGGCCAGCAAUGACAAGAGCUUUGACAAUACUGGUAGGCGUUACGGAUUGAAACCAGUUUGGGGGAAAACUGCCGGUGGAGAAAGGAGCGACUAUGGUCAGAUGCAAACAAGGGCUAACCACCCUUAUUAUGGUGGUGAGUACCCCAGCAGAUAUGGUACCAGCCCCUCUCCCAUAGCCCCACCAUUACAAACCGUCAUCACGACUACCACGAAAGUGUCCUACCGGGCCUACAAGCCAUCUGCGCUGAAAUGCAGCAACAACCUCUGCGAUAUGAACAACCUUCAGAGCUAUACCCACAUGGCUGAAAACAUCUCGGGUGCUAUCUAUUCAGGGAUGAAGAAUCAGGAAGAUCUGGGGAUGAUCAAGUCAGCAUUGCUCUACCAGCAUGAUGCGAAGGCUGAACCAGCUGAGAGCGUGGAGACCUAUCGGUAUGGGCUACCACUGGGGAACAGCUAUGCUGAGCAUGAAGGACAGGACUUAAGGUUUGAAAGUGCUGAAUAUUGGCUAAACACUGCCUAAAUGACAUCAGAAUGAUUAACUCAAACUGGGAAAUAAAUGUGACUGCACUGACC